GAUCACUUAUCAGCGGUGCAACCAUGUCGAGGUCUUUUUACGUCGAUUCUUUAAUAAUCAAGGAUACGGUUCGACCUGGACCAAUUGAGCAUCCAGGGCAAGACUUCCUUAUUCCCAUCAGCAUGCAUUCUCCGAGUUUAAUGACGGUCACCGCUCCGAUGUGUCCAUCCAGGAAAACAGGGACUUUUUGUGUUUGCCCGCUGUGCGUUACGUCCCACAUCCACUCUUCCCGCAGCGGCAUUCCCAUGCUGAAGAGUCAGUUUCCAGGAGCGGAGGCACAGUACUGUCAGAGGAUAGCGCACCAGCAGUCUGCUGCACUCUCGCACCCGGGACACACACCUGUCUGCACGCCCACCUUCAGCGUCACAGAUCCCAGGAGAUACCACUGUCUUUCUAUUGGCGCCUCCGAGAACAGCCACAUACAGAAUGGCAAGAGGAUGCGCACGGCUUUCACAAGCACGCAACUCCUGGAACUUGAAAGGGAGUUUUCCACGAACAUGUAUCUUUCAAGACUCAGAAGAAUCGAAAUCGCAACGUAUUUGAACCUGUCAGAGAAACAGGUGAAAAUCUGGUUUCAGAACCGCAGGGUGAAGCACAAGAAGGAGGGGAAAGCCACCCAAAGGAGCGCACACAGCGGUUGCAAGUGCGCAACCGGUCACACAGACUAUUCAAGGUCAGAGGACGAGGAGUCUCUAUCUCCGGCCUCUGCUUCGGAAGAGAAAGAGGUGUCACCCAUCUGAGAGCAACUCUCCAAUUCCCACUGCUGGCACUUAUUCUGCUCUGCUGCAGUUAUGGGUGAUGGCAUCACGCAACCACUGGGCCAAACAAGUCCUGCAUGAAGUCUGAGAAGAAGUGUUGAAAAUGUUUAUCCUCCUUUAAAAUUAAAGGAAAACAUGUGAAUACAUGUUUUGACACUGUCGUGAAAUAUUGGGAGUCGUGCCCUACUGUAUGCCGUAAUAAUGAUGUGUUUAGAUCCAUUCAGGGUUCUCACCUAUACAUAGCCGGGUCUAGUUAACUAUCAAGUAAAUGUUUUCAACUAUUGGCUGAUAUCCCAUUACUGUCGGUGAGGUUGUGUGGUAAAUAGUGUGCACCUGUGUGGAACCUGUACGCAACUAAUUGUAAACUAUGUAUAUGUAUAUUUAUUGUAAUAAACAUGACGAG